CAGCUGUUUUGUUAGAGUUGCGUGCAUCGGGAAUGGUGUAUUGUUGACUGCAGAGGCACUUCGCAGUUUGUAGGUCCGAUCGAAUUUCUUUGUUUAUUUGGUGUAGAGAAUCGUACCGUAUCAUCGUGGAUAACGUCCUGCCGCGUGUAAAAGAUUACGACGCGUAGAGGUACGGCCAAGGAAAUCGCGGUAGGGGCCUCGAAUUACCUGGUGGAAAGUCGUUGGAAAUUGAUUCUCUUGGGAAGGAGCAGUGUUCGCAAAGGCGUCCGUCCGACUGUGGUGCUCCGUGCUACCACUUCAGGAGGUUUUGGACGUUCUCGUUUCGGGAACGGACUGCAAUUGUAAUUCCAGAAGGGAAAUAUGGCACAACCAACGAGUAGUGCUCUCAGGGCACUUGCCCUCGAAUAUAAAAGUCUUCAAGAGGAACCCGUCGAGGGAUUCCGCGUAAAACUCGUUAACGAGGACAACAUGUUUGAGUGGGAAGUUGCUAUCUUCGGACCUCCAGAUACGCUUUACGAAGGAGGAUACUUCAAGGCACUUAUGAAGUUCCCGCAUGAUUAUCCGUACAGUCCACCGAGCAUCCGGUUUAAGACGAAAGUUUGGCAUCCGAACGUGUACGAGAACGGAGAUCUGUGCAUAUCGAUCCUACAUCCGCCCGUAGACGAUCCACAGAGCGGCGAGCUGCCGUGCGAGAGGUGGAAUCCGACACAGAACGUCAGGACGAUACUCCUGUCGGUGAUCUCGCUCCUGAACGAGCCCAAUACGUACAGCCCUGCCAACGUGGAUGCCUCGGUGAUGUAUAGGCGCUGGCGCGAUUCCAAGGGUCGAGACAAAGAGUAUGAAAAUAUCAUAAGAAAGCAAGCGCAAGCUGCUAAAAUGGAGGCCGAGAAGGAAGGCAUCGUCGUUCCGAUGACGCUAGAAGAUUAUUGCAUAAAAACGAAUUUGAGGCAACCCGAGCAACAGCUAGACAUGACGGUUUUCUAUGACGACGAGUACGAGUUGGACGACUACGAGGACGAUCAAUUAAGCGCCGCCGAAUACGAGGACGGCGACGACAGUGGCAACGGAGAGUCGUGAGCCAUUCCCUAAAACCACGGAAAAAUAAAUUCAAAUAAAACAACAAAAAAAAAAAA